CCUCCUUGCCCCAGUUGCGAGGACCUGGGAGCCCUCAGGCCGGCGGGGACUGAGCUCCUCGGAUUCGAGUCUGCAUCUUCACUUUGUGUCAGACCCUGCCGGCGCUUGAGAAGCAGUGACUUGGGUGGAGGCACUCGGCACCGGCCCCCUGGACGGCCGGGGGGACCCCGGAACCCCAUCGAGGAGGCAGGUCACUUCCUGCUUCCUGGUCCCCGAGGUGGCUUCGUGGCCAGGAGUGCGGGGACGCCUCCCCUUUCUCUGCCUCCUGCCCCGAAGUGUGUAAACUGAGGCAGAUCGGGUUGGGGCGAUCAAACGGGGUCGAAGAGGGAGAACUGGUGUUCGUGACAAAACCAAACUUGUUUGGGGUUAGAGAAUGAAGGCUGGGGAGGUGCAGAGUAAGAAAAUUGGAAGUCAAAGACCAUGGGAGAUGCAGCAAAACCGUAUUUUGUGAAACGUGCUAAGGACCGAGGAACUAUAGAUGAUGAGGAUUUCAGAAGGGGUCACCCCCAGCAAGAUUAUUUGAUAAUGGAUGAUUAUGCUAAAGGCCAUAGCAGUAAAAUGGAAAAAGGCCUUCCAAAAAAAAAAAUAACACCAGGGAACUAUGGGAGUACCCCCAGAAAAGGACCAUAUGCUGUUUCCAGCAAUCCCUAUGCAUUUAAAAACCCAAUAUACAGUCAACCUGCUUGGAUAAAUGACAACCACAAAGAUCAGAGUAAGAGGUGGCUCUCUGAUGAACUUGCUGGUAAUUCAGACAGUCGGAGGGAAUAUAAACCUGGACCUAGAAUUCCUGUUAUAAACCGACCAAGAAAAGACUCCUUUCAAGAAAGUGAGGAUGGAUAUAGGUGGCAAGACACAAGAGGCUGCAGAACUGUCAGACGACUACUUCAUAAAGACUUGACAAGCCUAGAAACCAUGUCAGAAAUGGAAGCGGGAAGCCCUGAAAACAAGAAGCAGAGGUCCAGACCUCGGAAGCCACGUAGGACUAGAAAUGAGGAAAAUGAGCAGGACGGAGACUUGGAAGGCCCCGUGAUUGACGAGUCUGUGCUUUCAACGAAGGAGCUCCUGGGCUUACAGCAGGCAGAGGAGCGAUUAAAAAGAGACUUCAUUGACAGGCUAAAAAGGCGACCAAGAAACUACCCUACAGCUAAGUACACCUGCAAACUUUGUGAUGUUUUAAUUGAAUCCAUUGCAUUUGCCCAUAAGCACAUCAAAGAGAAGAGGCACAAGAAAAACAUUAAGGAGAAACAAGAGGAAGAGUUGCUCACUACGUUACCCCCGCCUACACCCUCCCAGAUUAAUGCAAUUGGUAUUGCCAUUGACAAAGUGGUACAGGAGUUUGGCUUACACAAUGAGAACUUGGAACAGAGACUAGAAAUUAAACGUAUCAUGGGAAAUGUGUUCCAACACAAGUUACCAGAUUGUUCUCUGAGAUUAUAUGGGUCAUCCUGUAGCAGAUUGGGUUUCAAAAAUUCAGAUGUAAAUAUUGACAUUCAAUUUCCAGCCAUUAUGUCUCAGCCAGAUGUUCUCUUACUGGUUCAAGAAUGUUUAAAGAACAGUGACUCUUUUAUUGAUGUUGAUGCAGACUUCCACGCUAGGGUGCCAGUGGUGGUGUGCAGAGAAAAGCAAAGUGGUCUUCUUUGUAAAGUGAGUGCAGGAAAUGAAAAUGCUUGUUUGACAACAAACCAUUUAACUGCCCUUGGAAAACUUGAAUCGAAGCUGAUUCCUUUGGUGAUUGCCUUUCGGCACUGGGCAAAGCUUUGCAGUAUAGAUCGCCCUGAAGAAGGAGGCUUGCCACCUUAUGUGUUUGCCCUGAUGGCCAUUUUCUUUCUUCAACAGAGGAAAGAACCUCUUCUGCCUGUUUAUCUAGGAUCAUGGAUUGAAGGAUUUUCAUUAAACAAACUAGGGAACUUCAACCUUAAAGAUGUUCAAAACGACGCUGUAUUCUGGGAAUACACUGAGAGUGCCGCCGGCGAUGCAGACACAGCAAAAGAAGGGGCCCCAAAAGAAAUGCCUGUUAGAAGGGGACAGGUAUCAUUAAUAUUUGAUUUCAAGCAUCUGCCAUCAGUACCAGUUGGGCAGCUCUGGGUGGAAAUGCUUCGAUUCUAUGCUUUAGAAUUCAAUUUGGCUGACUUAGUGAUCAGUAUUCGUGUUAAAGAAUCUGUAUCUCGGGAAUCAAAGGAUUGGCCCAAAAAGCGCAUUGCCAUUGAAGAUCCCUACUCUGUUAAAAGAAAUGUGGCAAGGACUCUAAAUAAUCAACCAGUGUUUGAAUAUAUACUUCAUUGUUUAAGGACAACGUAUAAGUAUUUUGCCCUUCCACACAAAAUUACAAAAUCCAGCCUUCCAAAGCCUCUGACUACUGUCAUAUGUCUUUCCGAACAUUCUAAAGAAGUAGCCGAGCAUGACCCGAGUACACAAACAAAAGAGGAUAAACUGAAAAACUCAGUUUUGGCUCAAGAGCCAGGUGCUGCCAUUUCAACUACAGACACCUGCACGGUACAGCCGUCGACCCUUGUUAAAGAGACGGCUGAAAGCUUUGGAAGCCCCCCGUCGGAGCAACUGGGAAAUGGGCAUGUCAGUGUCCGCCUGGAAAACCCAGACCGUGUCAAGGCAGGGGCCAGUUGUGAUGAGCAAGGGGAUAUUAAAGGACACCAUCAAGAAACGGGAAGUGAAACUGGGAGAGAGGGCAAGCAUCCUUUGACGGCCGAUGAUCAAGGUUUAAGGAGUCGCAGACGUGGAGAGUUUGUCAUCUGUGGCAGCGCGCGAAACAAUGAGACAGAGAGCGCCUUGCAUUUAGAAGGCUUCCGAAAUCCCGCGGCCAAAGAGUGUGAUGCAUUCACUGCUUCGGAGGACAAGGCUGAUGUUGAUGAAGAAGGCAUAGAAGGUACCGAUGAUCUCGAAGAUGCUCUAAGCCACUUCACCCCCUCAAGACAGGGCCAUACGUCAGGAAUCAUUCAUUCCGAUGAAGAGGAGGAGGAAGAAGAGGAAGAGGAUGACGAUGAAGAGCCCAGGCUGUCCGUUACCCAAAGGGAAGAUGAGGAUGACUUGGCUAAUGAAGAUGAGUUAGAAAAUACGUACACGGGAUCAGGGGACGAGGAUGCCCUGUCUGAGGAGGAGGAUGAAUUAGGGGAGUCUGCUAAGUGCAAAGACUCGAAAGAAGGUGGAAAACCUGCAGCUGGGGCUCUACUAACAGAAUUUAAUAAAAUCUGUCUUAAAGAAGAAAAUACAUGUGAGGAAGGCUCAACUGUGGAUCAGUCUGAUUUCUUCUAUGAAUUUAGUAAACUCACCUUCACCAAAGGCAAGUCUCCUAUGGUCGUGUGCAGCUUAUGCAAACGAGAAGGUCAUCUCAAGAAGGACUGUCCCGAAGACUUCAAAAGAAUUCAGCUAGAACCUUUGCCACCACUGACACCCAAAUUUUCAAAUAUCUUAGAUCAAGUUUGCAUCCAAUGUUAUAAGGAUUUUUCUCCAACUAUUUUAGAAGAUCAAGCUCGUGAGCAUAUUCGGCAAAACCUAGAAAGUUUCAUAAGACAGGAGUUUCCAGGAACUAAAUUGAGCUUGUUUGGCUCCUCCAAAAAUGGAUUUGGGUUCAAACAGAGUGACCUUGACGUCUGUAUGACAAUUAAUGGACUUGAAACUGCAGAGGGGUUGGACUGUGUAAGAACUAUUGAAGAACUGGCAAGAGUCCUCAAAAAACAUUCAGGUCUGAGAAACAUUUUGCCUAUCACAACAGCAAAGGUGCCAAUUGUAAAGUUCUUCCAUUUGAGAAGUGGUCUGGAAGUGGACAUCAGUUUGUAUAACACACUGGCCCUUCAUAACACAAGGCUCUUAUCUGCUUAUUCAGCCAUUGAUCCCAGAGUUAAAUAUUUAUGCUACACCAUGAAAGUCUUUACAAAGAUGUGUGAUAUUGGUGAUGCAUCUAGAGGCAGCUUAUCGUCAUAUGCAUACACGCUUAUGGUGCUAUAUUUUCUCCAGCAGAGGAAUCCACCAGUCAUUCCUGUCCUUCAAGAGAUAUACAAAGGUGAAAAGAAACCUGAAAUAUUUGUUGAUGGCUGGAAUAUUUAUUUUUUUGAUCAAAUAGAUGAACUGCCCACCUAUUGGCCAGAAUAUGGGAAAAAUACAGAAUCUGUUGGGCAACUAUGGUUGGGACUUCUUCGAUUCUACACAGAGGAAUUUGAUUUUAAAGAACAUGUUAUUAGCAUCAGGAGAAAAAGUCUGCUUACAACUUUUAAGAAACAGUGGACCUCAAAAUACAUUGUUAUUGAAGAUCCCUUUGAUUUGAAUCAUAAUCUUGGAGCUGGAUUAUCAAGGAAAAUGACAAAUUUUAUAAUGAAAGCAUUCAUUAAUGGUAGAAGAGUAUUUGGUAUUCCAGUCAAAGGAUUUCCGAAGGACUGUCCCUCAAAAAUGGAGUACUUUUUUGAUCCAGAAGUGCUAACUGAAGGAGAGCUGGCCCCAAACGAUAGAUGUUGCCGAAUUUGUGGGAAAAUUGGACACUUCAUGAAGGACUGUCCAAUGAGGAGAAAAGUGAGACGACGGCGUGAUCAGGAAGAUACCCUGAACCAAAGAUACCCUGAGAACAAAGAGAAGAGAAGCAAAGAGGACAAAGAAAUUCAGAACAAGUACACAGAGAGGGAGGUGUCGACAAAAGAAGAUAAGCCCAUGCAUUGCACACCUCAGAAAGCCAAGCCAGUGAGGGCGGCUGUCGACCUGGGCAGAGAGAAAAUACUCAGGCCUCCAGUGGAAAAAUGGAAGAGACAGGAUGACAAAGACUUAAGAGAAAAACGUUGUUUUAUUUGUGGAAGAGAAGGGCACAUUAAAAAGGAAUGCCCACAAUUUAAAGGCUCUCCAGGUGUGUCUAAAUCAGAUUGUGUAUUCGGAUCCCCUUCUUCACCUAGCCCCUUGAGACCAACUGGCACAUUUGCUCAGGCAGUGCUUUUACAUGAAGACAAAAAGAAACAAAAAACAACUAUAUUUUUGAGUCCCCAGUCAGCCAAAGAAUUUGUCCUGUGUGGUUGUAAGUGAAGACACUGAUGUAUGCAAAGCAGAGGUUUCAAAAAGUCCACCUGGCCCUCUGCACCAACAUGGAAACAGUGAUGAGAAUUAUGUCACUCUAGCAACCUGCCUGCAUUUAGAAAGAAUUUUGACUAGGUUUGUGUUUAAUAGAUCAUGUUCCUUACAUACCUUUUUUAUAUCUAGCCUUGCUUACUCAAUUCAAAAUAAGUGACCAGUACCAGUGUGAAAAGUUUCUGUAAAUAAGUAAUAAUAAGUAAUUUUAUGGCUUUUGUGAUAAAGUGAGGCUUGUUUUAUUUAUGUUGGGUUUUGUUUUUUCCUCCCCUCUAGGUAGCCUUUCCAGUAAAUAUAUGACUCAGGGAAAAGCCUCAGCGAAGAGGACCCAGCAGGAAUCAUGAGGGAAGGAAAAAAUGCAGCACUCUAAAUGGCCACUCAGGCGUUCCCAUUCACUUUGAAAUUAGGUUCAUUUCACAGGACAUAGCAGCAUAGAUCAGGCUUCAACUUAACAUUUAAGGGAAAUGUCAGAUUUUUUUUAACUUAAUGAAAUUGUUAAUGAGGAAAAAAAAUUUAGUACAGUCCCAGGUACCAUGAAUCCCCAUAGAUGUAAGGAUUUUAAGAGAAAGCCAUGAUGUAUGUAUUUAAGCCAGGUUUGGGGGGUUUUUUUUGUUGUUUUUUUUUUUUUAGGCCAAGCU